UGUUGGAGCAGCGGAGGCGGCGCAGAGGUGCGUCCUGGGUCCCCGCGGCGGCGCCGGUGCCGAGUGCUGACUUGCAGAUAUCCAGACAGAUCUGCAGUGCCUAAUGCCAUGAGCGUGGUGGUGCAGCAUGUGGAGGAGAAAGCUGUACAUUCUUGGUCGCGCAUCUCCUCGGCAGGGAAGAAGGCCCUGGAGGAGGCGCUGCUUGUCUUUAACCCCAUGAGCCAGGAUCUCAGUGCCACAGAGGCCCAGCUUGUGGCCUUCCUGCAGGGCCUACGGGAUGAUGGCUUCCAGCCUACCAUCCUGCGCAGUGGUGAUGUCUACGGCUAUAGCUCAUGCACAGCCAAACCCCCAAGCCAGACAAAGCUUCAAGCUCGUGCCCCAACCCCAGCCACCACAUCACCUCCAGCCAGUGCUCACCGAACUGCUAUGCGGCUGCCUGCAGGCCGCGCCACACUGCUUCCCAUGCCAUUGUCUGGCAGGCUGGCCAAAGCAUCCACACCAGCCCUUGCCAAGCAUGCUACCACCAACCUGCUGCUGAGCUCCCUGAAGCAAUCAAGUGCCAGCCAUGCCCGGGGUACAGCAGUGGGCUUCCCCGCCCACCUCUAUCCAGGUGUCUACCCUGCCAUGCGGCUCUCCGUUGUCCUUGAGGCCCUGGUUCCACUCAAGACUCCCGUGCCCUGCUUGGGUGCCAAGCACAAGACACAGUCACUGCAGCUCUCACUUGCGGACUCUCCCGUGAAGCUGCGGAAAGGUCCAGCAAAGGGACUGGGGAACCCUCAGCCCAAAGUUCCCAGAAAAGCCACAAGCAAGGGCCCUAAGUGUGUGAUUCGCAGAGGUCCCAGGGCCGGACCCCAACAAACUGGGCCUCAGAGCAAGAUCUGCAAAGCCACUGGAUUCCUCAGUGGCCCACAAAUGAAAGGUGUCUCUGCCCUGAGCACCAAAAUAGCCCAGGCCAAGGCAGCUCAAACACUAGCCAAAGCUGCCUGUGCCCACUCCAAGGUGGCUCAAACACAGGCCAAAGCUGCCAAGGCCCGGGCAAAAACUAAGGCAGCACAGAUCAAGGCCAAGGCAGCACGUGCCAGGGCCAAGGCCAAGGCAGCACGGAUCAAGGCCAAAGCCAAGGCAGCACGGGCCAGGGCCAAGGCCAAGGCUGCGCGGGCCAGGGCCAAGGCCAAGGCAGUGCGGGCCAGAGCCAAGGCAGUAGAGGCCAGGGCCAAGGCCAAAGCCAAGGCAAUACAGGCCAAGGCGGCUCGGACCCAGCCCAAGGGCAGGGGCAGGCUGAAAGGGUCUGUUCAGGCCAGAACUGCAAGGAAAGGCCAGAAAAGCCACCCUGAUUCUGUGGGGCAGAAGAGGAAAAGUGUUGAGGAGGCACAAGAUCUUCUUCCCCAGAAGAGAACACGGCUUGGGCCCCGAUCCCCUAAAGCAUGUCUAGGUUCUGGAACAGCAAAACUACUGAAAUUUCGGGCCAUCAAAGUGGACAAGCGGUCCUCGGACGAUGAGGUGCGGCAGCAGGCUCAGCGUAUCCUCCGUGUGAACCUGUCCCCUGUAAUACAGCUCCAGCCAUUACUGCCAUACUCAGUACCCUGAUUUCUUCACCUAGCAAUGUUCGGGGGGAACUGAGCCCAGCUGUCUGUGCUGUCAGUGGCACAGUGUACAAUGCCCGUGGACUCCAAACCCUUGAGGACUCCAGGUGCCUCCAGGGCCCUGGCCGCCACCAGCCUUUCAGACUGGAGGAUGUGGGGUUGGUGUGGGUGGGCAGGAGGGUUGUUCUCAUGGCGCAAUGCACUGUGACUUCUUACUCUUCAAGUUGUAUGUCCUCUGUCCCAUCAUGUUUUAUACCUUUCCACCUUCCAGUCUCCCUGCCUACGGUCCAUGGUCUUUGUGUGUGUAUGUGGCUGCAGUACGCCAGCUUGAGUAUAUAGGAAAAAAAGCCCCAGAAACAGCUGCUAGAGAGGAUCCUGGUAGCCAAGGGCAGGUCAUCAAUGUGAGAUGGGAUAGUGUGGGAAGGGGUAGAUUCCAGGCCCCUCUGGAUAUCCUGCCCUCUGGAUAUGUAAGAGGCAGAUCCUGAGGGUGGGGUCAGAGCCACUCAGGUGGAACAGCUCCCCUUGGGGCUGCCUUGGUUUGUUAUCCACAUAGGACCCCAUGCAGGAGGAAAGUAGGUGACUGUGUAGGGAACCUUGCCCCUUGCAGGAUUUCAAGCCAGGGAAGGGGGUUUUGUGAUACUGCUCCCCAGGGGCAAUGCAGACAGCCUGGCUUUGUCUUCCAGCCUAUUUUGACUGAAACCUUGGGCUUUGCCUGGGCUUGUCUGGCCUAAAGUGACUGACGUAUCUCUGC